AUGGGGCACGGUGAGCGUUAUGAUGAUUAUUCGUUUCGUUCACAACUCAAAUCAGUAAUGGCCCGUGAAGCAAUUGCUCAGUCUAACUUUUUGCCACAACCCCAGUCAGAUGUAAACCAAUUGAGCUAUGCGUUCUUGCCUUUGCAUAUUGGUGAACGUGUCAGCAUAUUAUACUCCGGUGAAGGCUGGUGUUAUGGAAGCAGUCGUGAUAACCGUACCGUAUUUGGUAUUUUCCCUGAGGCGGUGGUUGUUCCACUCAACCACUCGUCAUCAAAAUCAUCCAGUGAAGCGCAAGAGUUAAUUGCUGAACUCACAGAUGUGCUCAGCGAAUGGUGGUCAGCUAUCAAGGAAACAUACGGAAGGCAAGCAGAGAUGAAAAGUCAAGAUGACAUCUUGUUAUAUAUGGAGGAUUUGAUGACGAUGCGCAAGAAAAUUUUGACCGGGAAUGUUCCUGUUGAAGAACUAAAAGAAAUGCGACUACAGUUGGCUCGGAAAAUCGAUCUUGGAAAUCAAUGGUUGGGUUUGGAUAUGCAAAUUAGAGAUGAGAGUGGACGAGUAAUAGACGUUGAUUCUGCAUCUGUUGUGCAUGCAUAUCGUGCACAUUUGAAUGCUGUUGACAGAAUUGUUCGUGAUUCGAAGCCUAAUCAAACGCAUACAGUGAGCGCGUUUUCCUUAUUGGUCCAUGCGCAAUCGGCAACCCUCGAUUGUAAAGCUGAAUGUGAAUUCUCAUUGAGUUUAUACGAUGCGACCGAGCAAAAAUUCAUUUCAGAAAGCUUCAUCUUCUACUGGACAUUCAAAAAAGGCUCACUCACCAAUCGAAAUAGUAGAGCGCUUUUCAAUGAUCUUGGUUCAAAAGAAUAUCCCUCAAAUCCGCCUUCUGCUAAAGAUAAUCGUAUCCUGUUAUGUAUACGAGUGGCUCGAAUAGCCCCAAUUGAAGGCUCAUCAUCAACAAUGAAAAAACAGAUCGAUCCAGGCCCACCACAGCUAUGGUGUCGUCAGCCAUACGCAGUUGCACUGCUUGAUCUCAGUGAUCUCUUCAAUGCUCCUCCCGGCCCGAUGGAGCACAUCAUCUCGCUGAAUCGGGAAGAUACUCUUGAACAGUUGAUCGCAAAGGCGAAUUCAGCUCGCGGUAGCGGUUCAAUUAAAUCAAUGAAUAUUGAUGGUAUUUCAGGGUAUGGACGCGCGCAGUUGAUGAUCUCAACAGAGAUUCUGAUCGGUUCUUUGCAACAUAUCAAAAAAUCGAAUCCUCAGAUCUUCUCAGUAAAUCCGCCAGUCGAAUUGCGAAAAAUGUUUUUCGCAGACGUUAUUUCUGCAGAUGAAACACGUAAUGAUCUCUAUGUGACUUUAGUACAAGGAGAUCUGCAUGGUAGUAAAGGUUCAGAUAGAAACAUCGAAGCGCGUGUGUGUAUUGUCGAUACAAACGGUGUCAUCAAAGACAGUGUUGAAAUAAUGACAGCCGAAGGUUCAGAAAGGAAAACCACAUAUCACAGUCUGGUAUUAUAUCACGACGAUAAACCGAAAUGGAAUGAAACUAUCAAAAUACAAAUUCCUGAAGAUACGGAUCAGAACAUGCAUUUGCGUAUUACGUUUCAUCACAAGAAGUGCUAUGAAAAAGGCAAGCAGGAGAAGGGUCCAUUUGCACUCGCGUUUGCACGCAUCAUGGAAGGUGCAACGCUCAUCAAGGAUGAUAUGCACGAAUUGCUCAUUUAUAAGAUUGAAUCGGGUAAAUUCGACGAAAACGAUACGAGCUAUUCUCGACUGCCAGCAACACGUACCGAACUCAAAGCCUCACAGUCUCAGUUGCGUCCGCAAACGAGUUCGUUUAUUUGUGGCGAAAAAAAUUUUCUGUACAUUUAUACGGUAACGUGCUCAACAACGCUCACUCAUAACAAAAACCUACUUGAUAUUCUGAAAUGGAAAACGAACAGAGGCAAUCUGAAGGAGCGAUUGCAAGAGAUUUCAAAACCGAAAGGCGUAACGCUUGGUGAAGAGCUCGUGAAAUUCAUUCCGAACUUUUGUGAUGCGCUUUUCGAAAUAAUCGACCAUCAUCCCGAUUACGAUGACCUUGUUUUCGAUGCUUUGGUAUCCGUCAUUCAGUUGGUCAAUGAGGAACGCUAUAAAAAUUUUCAACCAGUCUUGCAAAAAUAUAUCAAAAACUUCCACUCGACAGUUGCUUUUGUCAAAUUAAUUCCAGUCUUGAAAAAACGAGUUGAAAAGGCCGAAGAUACUCACGAAUCAACGUUGAGCGCUAUGAAAGCUCUUGGCAUCCUUGUACAAAUGAUCGUUAAAUCAAAACAAUGCAGUGAUCGACUUCGACUGACGUCGAGUAAUUUCACACAACUUAUGGAUGAUGUUUUUAAUGCUUUCGUGUUAUUCAUGCAAAACAAACGAGUCCGGAUGACAUGUCAGAAUACUGCUCUGAAGCAUCUGCCAUCUAUCAUUCCACAUCUAUCCUCUCCGGAUAUCUUCGACCUCAAUCAUCUAACUGAUUUUUUGGUUGAACUGAUGGAUCAUUUGGGUGAUAAUAUCAGUCCUCGGUGUCGCCUCAAUUUCAUUAAAGAUAUUGUUCAAACCGACUAUUUUCGUCGUAAGUCCAACCGUGAUAAACUGCUUCCAAAGGUGCUGGAAAAGGUGGUGACUGAAUUGGAAGGAAUUGACUUCAGAAAUGUUACGUCGGUUGGUGCGGAUCGAGCUAAAGUGUUAGAAUGUGUUUCUGCAAGUGCAGAUAUUAUAUUCGACAUUCAUGAGACACUCUUUUCAAGCAGUCUCGGAUCAGAAAGUGAAUGUGGCACAGAAGAAGAGUUGCAAAUUGUCAUUUCAAUGACAUUCAGAACCAUACUGCAAACAACUAUAUCUCUGAUGAAUGAAAAACUGCCUGUUUCAGCGUUUUGUGCUCUGACAAUAGCACUAUUGAGCAAGAUGUCAUCGCAGAUCUAUAAGGCGUAUCUGAAUAUGCAUGCAACGCGUAUCGACAAACAAGAUUUGCUCAUGGAAAUGGUUCACUUAUUCCGAGAUCUUAUCAAUAAAUCAGCCUUCGAUUCAUCCUGGUUCCAUAUGAUCUGCUUGCAGAAUAAAAUGAUUCUCAAAACGAUGAAAUUCGUAAUGUCGACAAUGAUCGAGUAUUUUGAUGCGGACUCGUUCGAUAGUGAUCUGUGGCGUGAAUAUAUUCUGACUAUGGUAGCGUUCAGCACGCAGAAGGGUCUGCAAAUUGGUUCCCCAGCAAUCAGUGCAAGGCGAUCUCGAUUACUUGCAUCUCAGCCAGAUCUCAGAAGGAUUGCAGCCGCUGAUUUGCGCUCGGUCUGGUUCCGACUUCCAGUGAAAGAAGAAGGUAACAUCAAGAUUGCAGUGCUCAGUCGAAAUCGGUACAUUCCUUCGAUGGUUGGUUCAUUCCUUCAAGUAGCACUGAUAGACGACGAUGAAGUACGUGAAACCGUGAUUCCGAUCUUCUUCGAUAUGCUCGAAUGCGAGUUCUAUUCGAGUCCUUCUCGUGAUAUUUCAAGGUUCGCUAAUGAAAUGAUCCUGCAAUUGGAUUGUCUGGUGGAUGAAGACCGCGGUGGUCAACAGUUCAAAGAACAAUUGCAUCGCAUUAUGAUGGAUCGAUGCCGCUCGAAAUCUGAUCUCAAACAGUUGGGAUGUACAUUUGUUGCGAUGAUUGAUACGCUUUUACGGCAUCUGUUCGAGUAUCGUGAAGUGCGAACCAAUGGUUAUUGCAUUGAAAAUGGAAUGGAUAGAACAGUUGAAUUAUUGAGAUAUUACGACAAAAUUGGUCAGCCGGAUUUGUAUAUUAACUAUGUGUAUAAACUUUAUGAUUUGCAUAUGCUAAGCAGUAAUAAAGUUGAGGCAGCUUUUACAUUGUUAAAACACGCUGAAACGCUCAAGUGGACUGACGAUGAAUUACCGAUAGCACUUUUGGAUGCUCAUUUGAAUAGACAUUGUGCAACACAAAGACAACUCAAAGAAGCGUUGUAUGUUGAGAUGGCUGAUUUGUUCGACGAAAAGGAUAUGUGGGAAGAGGCCAUUACAAUUCUCAAACAGUUGGUUCCUGAAUAUGAAAAAUGUUACGAAUUCGAGAAGCUACCACCUUUGUUGCGUCGCUUAGCAGAACUGUACCACAAAGUCAGCACUCAGGGACGUGUUGGAUGCACGUAUUAUCUCGUAGCGUUCUUUGGCACGGGAUUUCCAAGCUAUCUCAAUGGGCAGCAACUGAUCUAUCGUGGUAAUGAGUGCGAGUCAAUAUCCACAUUUCAACAUCGUUUAUUGUCCACGUUUCCUGAAUCUGAACUGGUUACAUCCCUCGAUGAUUGCACACAUUUAACGACAACCAAUGGUAAACAUCUUCAAAUAUUCUCCGUCCAACCGAUUAGUGAUUUCUUCAUUGAAAAGAAGAAUGUCAAUCGCCUUAUUAGGUGGUACUAUAAGAACAAUCGAGUGCAAAAGUUUGAGUACUGUCGUGGAGAGUUCCGGAAGGGGACAAAGUGGACGAAGUUAGAGGACAGUGAAAUAAUGCGAUCGUGGGUAACACGUCGUUUUGUUGAAACCAAAGAACCACUCCCAAAUAUUCUUAAGUGGUCUCAGAUCGUCUCACAUUCCAGUCCUAUUGAAUGUUCACCUCUUAUGGAAGCUGUUUCAACAAUGCGCAAAAACAACGCUGAGAUGGAGGAGAUGGCAAACGUCGUUCUGUCAACUCCACUCGAAUCGGUCGUUCCUUUAGGUGGUAAAAUUCGUGGUAUUGUUCAAGCAUUUGUACAGGGUGGUAUCAAAAACUACAAUAUAUUCUUUACUGACGAAUGUAGUGCCGUUUUAACAGAUGAUGAAAAAGAAUUGGUUCGACAGCUGAAAACUCUCAUCAAAGAACAGAUACCGAUUCUCGAGUACUGUCUGUAUGUGCAUGCAUCGAGAGGUCAUCAAGUGGAUGCUAAUUUCCACGAAUCGUUGGUCGAUUCAUUCAAAGAAUACAAGCACAGUGUUGAGGCUCGUUUCGGCAAAAUUCCUUCAAGACUUCCACCAUCAUACACUAUUCAUCUUGUGAAUCACGCAAAGGCACCGGAGGAGCGUGUUCGUAGCGGUUUUGAUACGUUAACGAGUCCAUCUGUAAUGAGCAUUACGGGUGUUUUUCGAAGAGGCGGAGGCUUAUAUGCGACCAAAAGUGGUCGAAGCACUCCACGCAAAUCGGUUGGUAUGCGUUCGGACAGCAAAAUCAACCUGGAGAAUGGUUUUUUACCGAAACGCAUCUCGUCAUCGUCUGAUCGAAGUUUGGAUAGUAUGUCAAUGACAGAAACUGCUUCCUCAACUCUGCGAUCUAUUACUGAUCUGUCACGUGCUGCCGAAUGUUCCCUUCAGACCCCACUGUCAUUGUCUUCGUGUGCUAUAAAUGAUGCAACUCUUCGAGCGCCUUCCACGCAAGCGUCGAGAAGGCCAUCUGAUUGUGCUAUUGCACCACCUCCGCUUCCACCACGAAGGCCUCCGCCACCGUUAAUCUGA